CCUGACCUUGUGAACCGGGGGCUUCCUCUUUAAUGGCGAGUUGGAGAGAGGGCUGCUUGUUGACUGCAACCCGUCCCGUCCGACCCAAAAACAGCCACGAUCGGAGAAGAGAAACAACCCAAAGCAGUAUGGAGUAAAAAGAGCCAAUAGCAAAGAAGCUGACUCAAGUUACAAAGAAGCAAGGACGGAUCUUGUUAGUCACAGAGCGGGAAAGCCAGAGUAUCCUUUUUUUCUUUUCCUUUUUUUUCUUUUUUUUUUGUAUAUUUAUUUUUUGUUUUUGAUCCUCUUGGAGUUACCCCAGUUGCCUUGGUGUUCUCAUCUUCGCUGCACAGCUGUGUCAAUGGCUCUGAUGGACAAACACAAAGUAAAGCGACAGCGUUUAGAUCGCAUCUGUGAAGGCAUUCGCCCACCGAUUCUGAACGGCCCAAUGCACCCCAGACCCUUGGUGGCGCUGCUGGACGGGCGAGACUGCACGGUGGAGAUGCCCAUUCUGAAAGACGUGGCCACUGUCGCAUUCUGCGACGCUCAGUCUACACAGGAAAUACAUGAAAAGGUCCUCAAUGAAGCAGUGGGUGCCAUGAUGUACCACACCAUCACACUGUCCAGAGAUGACCUGGACAAGUUCAAAGGCCUGCGCAUCAUUGUCCGGAUCGGCAGUGGUUUUGACAACAUUGAUAUCAAAGCAGCUGCUGAGUUAGGGAUUGCAGUGUGUAACGUCCCCUCGUCCUCGGUGGAGGAGACGGCCGACUCCACACUGUGCCACAUACUGAACCUGUACCGGCGGGUCACGUGGCUGCACCAGGCCAUGCGAGAGGGCACCCGCGCCAGCAGCGUGGAGCAGAUCCGCGAAGUGGCAGGGGGAGCGGCGCGCAUCCGAGGAGAGACGCUCGGCAUCAUUGGCCUCGGACGGAUUGGCCAGGCAGUGGCUCUGAGGGCGAAGGCGUUUGGCUUCAGCGUGAUCUUCUACGACCCCUAUCUUCCAGAUGGGGUGGAGAGGUCCCUGGGCCUGCAGAGAAUGAGCACCCUGCAGGAUCUGCUAAUACACAGCGACUGCGUGUCAUUGCAUUGCUGUCUGAACGAGCACAACCACCACCUCAUCAACGACUUCACCAUCAAACAGAUGCGGCAGGGGGCGUUCCUCGUGAACACUGCCCGGGGAAGCCUGGUGGAUGAAAAGGCCCUUGCUCAGGCGCUGAAAGAGGGCAGGAUACGAGGGGCGGCGCUUGAUGUUCACGAAAUCGAACCUUUCAGUUUUUCUCAGGGUGCUUUAAAAGACGCGCCAAACCUGAUCUGCACUCCUCACACAGCCUGGUACAGUGAGCAAGCGUCUAUAGAGUCACGAGAGGAGGCUGCCAAAGAGGUCCGCAGAGCGAUCACAGGGCGCAUCCCAGACAGUCUGAAGAACUGCGUUAAUAAGGAGUAUCUGAUGGCUGCAGCUCAGUGGCCAACCAUGGACUCAGCCAGCGUACACCAAGAGCUCAACGGAGCUUCAGCAUACAGGUUUCCAGCAGGAAUGGUCGGUGUCACAGCAGGGGGGAUCCCAGCCGCAGCAGUGGAGGGGAUGGUAGCAGGAACCCUGUCAAUCUCACACGGGAUCCCCCCCAGCCACGCCCCCUCACCUGGACAGACCGUCAAGCCUGAGUCCGACAGAGAAAUCCCAGCAGACCAAUAGCAACGCACCAAAACCACAUUCCUCACCCUCGCCACCUCUAACAGGCAAUUACUGACUUUCCCUUAAAAAAAAAAAAAAAAAAAAAAAAAAAAAAAACACCACACCUGUACAUUUUUUUUCUGCAGUUCUGUUUGACUUGUUUUUAAUUUCUCAAUGAUUACUUCACAUUGUUUGUUUCUUUAAGUGGUAAGCAUUAAUUGCCUAUUAAAGGAUUUUUUUCUCA